UGUGAACCAUGUUUCUGGAUCAAGUUGAGUUUCAUCCUGACCUGUUUCUGAAGCGUCCAAGCUUCGCAACUCCGGCCUAACUCAGCCUCUCUGCCUCCUCUCCUUUCCCAACGGGGGUCUUCCCAGGACAUGAGCAUCACGGAGGUGAUCUCCUCACUACUAAGGGUGGAGGAGACCUUCUCCGCGCAUCUCGCCCGGAUCAACACGGUGGUCCUUAAGUCCCUUCUGCAAACAGGGUCUUUGGAGAACAUAAAGUUCUUUCUCCUGUUAAACGACCACUUCCAAGUGAUCUGGCAUCUGACGGAGGAGAAUUACAGGACGUUAAAAGAGACGUACAGCACUUCCGAAUCUGUUGGCAUUCCGGACAUCUAUCUCAUCUGCAAAGCGGACUCGUUCCUAAAUGCUUAUAUCCAAUACUUUUUCACAUUUGGUACUUGCGUGGUGGUGCAAGAUUUUGAACAGGCCGCUCGGAGUAAAAAUGACAUCUGGAGGUUGCAAAAACCAGCCCUGCAGGAAUUCCUUGCUGACUUCUCACUGGAUACCUGUCUGGCCAUGGGGCUCCACACGGUGUUGCAGAAGCCGUUCCGAGACCACCUACAGCAAUACGCCUGUGUCCUCGCCAAGCUCAAGACAACCACCGGGCAGAACUUAGAGGCAGAAAAAAUCUCCGAGGCCUCCGAAAAGUUUGCAAAGCUCCGUUCGUGCCUCAACCGGAUCCUGGACGAAGCCUGCCUCACCGCCGGGUUGUGGAAGUCCAUGGGGGCUAAGUUCACGGAUGCCCUUUGCACCCCCGAGAGACGGUUGCUGGAGGACAGCGAAAACCUCCCCAUCUGCGCCAGGCCUGGCAGAGCGGACCGCGUCCUGCUCUUCAACGACAUCCUGGUGCUGAUCCAGGGGAAUAAUCUGCAGAGUUUUGAUCUGAAGCUGCUGUGGAUAGAUACGCCUUACAGUGAAAACGGAAACUCUACUUUACAGAUUGUGACUCCAGAAGACAAUUUCUUCCUGUUGGCCAAAGCAGCAGAAGCCAGAGCGGUGUGGCAGUGGAAGAUCAACCGGGCGGUGGGCCAGGCCUUGCAGGACAAGAGGGACGUCCCCUUGUGGGGCGACAUGGGUAAAGGCUUCGACCCCCCUCUCUGCCGCUGUGCCACUUUCGCAUUCAGGACCGAAGGGCGGUUCAGGAGCGCCACCUACGAGGGAGAGUGGUGCCUGGGGAAGCCCCAUGGAAAAGGGAAGCUGACGUGGCCCAAUGGCCAGAAUUAUGCUGGAGAUUUCAAGAAAGGCUUAGAAAAUGGGUUUGGGAUCUGCUUGAUCCCUCAAGAAUCCAAUGACCACUACGACUGCUACAAAUGCCACUGGAGGGACGGUCAGAUGAACGGCUACGGUAUCUGCGAAUACGGCAAUGAGAUGGUCUACAAGGGGUAUUUCAAGGACAACGUGCGGGAAGGCUUUGGCAUCUUGGAUAGUCCCCCGAGUACCGGACAUCCAUUUAAAUACACAGGACACUGGACGAAGGACAAGAAAACGGGUUAUGGCGUCUGGGAUGAUAAGGAGAGAGGCGAGAGGUACAUAGGGAUGUGGGAAAACGACCAGCGGCACGGACCAGGGAUUGUGGUGACGCAGUCCGGGCUCUGCUUCCAGAGGAAGUUUCACCUGCAUAAAACGGUGGGAUCCGGGAUCCUCCUUCUAGAGGACGGCUCUGUCUACGAGGGAAAUUUCACCAACGACUUGAAUUUUGUCGGCAAGGGAAAACUAACGUUUCCAAAUGGCUUCGUUCUGGAGGACACCUUCACCAACAAAUCUAGAGAAGGGUUCCGGGUUCCUGGGGUGGGGAACACUUCUGGAGACCAUCAGGCUGUCACCAGAUCUGCUAUCCAGUUGGGUCAGGAGGACUUCCCGGUGGAGAAGCGGUGGGAAGACCUCUACAACCAGUUCCUGGCGUUCGUCCGUGCGGGAGGCCAAGCAGACGCCGAGGAGUCCUUCAUGGGGUUUCACGUGCAGACGAGUCGCGAGCUGCGGAAAUCUCAGGAGAAUCUCUUCGGCCACGGAGGAACCGAAGAAGCGUCUGAGAAAACGGAUUUCCUUGAAGAACUAAUAAAGCAUCAGGAUCCAGAAGCUCGACGAAAUUGUUUGCAACAGGCUCUGGAGUCCUCGUUACAUCCUUUAGGGAAAUUGCUGAAAGCUUUGGUUCUGGUGUUCCAGUCCACUUAUUCUGGCAUCGGGGCUAACAAGCAUCUCUUGAGAAUGGCCCAAGAAGAGGUCAAGCACUACGCCAAGAAAAUAUGGGAAUUUUACCAAGCCUUGCUGCAGCUUGCCUUCAAGGUGAAAGGAUUAAAAUCCCCCCAAAACACAGAAAAAAGGGACUCGGAUGGAGGCUCCGUCCUUCUGCCACUCAUCCUCCCUUAUGUCUACCCGGAACUCCUGAUGUUGUACAUGGUCGCCCACGAGAAGCAGGACGAGAUUUACUGCCAGGGGAUCGUCAGCCUCAGUCGUCUCUCUGACGUGACCCUCCUGGAAUACCUGGAGGUGCAGAGACACUUCUGGCCCCUGAAAGACCUCAGCCUCAGCAGUAACCAAAGACAGUCGCUGGUGAAGGAUCAGUGCUUUCUCUCUGCGACCGAAUGUCUGCAGAAGCUGAUCACCACCGUGGACCCCCAGGAAAAGCUGGACAUUCUCCAGAAGACGUACAAGGAGAUCGAGGAAACGAUAAACCAUCUUUUGGGGAAGGAAUAUAAUCUUCCCAUGGACGACUUCCUGCCCCUGCUGACCUACGUGGUGACGCGAGCCAGAAUCCAACAUCUAGGAGCAGAAAUUCAUUUGAUCAGAGAUCUGAUGGAUCCCACAAAUGGUGGAAGGCACGACUUCCUCUUGACAGCACUGGAGUCCUGCUAUCAGCUUAUCCAAGAGAUACGACUACCUUUGAAUUGACGAACGGCGUGUGACUCCUGAAAGACUACACAACCCAUCAUCAACAGCCAAUAGCAGCUGGAGAACUUACUCUGAUAAUUCCCAGAAACUGGACUGGA